AUGCUAACGAACAUUAUUGCGUUUAUGGAUCUUUUCUAUGUGAACCUGGCGAGCAAUAUUAGUACCAAAAGUUGGCUGCGUUUUCUCUACAUGAACAUUCCAAAGUUGGUUAGCACUGUUACCCACGCCUGCACAUUUCACGCAGUAUUCAUGCAAACUUAUAUGACUUUCUCCAUAUCACUGUUCCGAAUGACACUCAUAACACAUCCGACAAUGCAUAUAAUGAUAUGGAAGUUCGCUCUUCCGGCUAGCGUUGUUGUGAGCCUACUGACCCCGCUAAUUUCAACUCAUAAGCUCUUCACUGCAGAUUGUUAUUUCAAAGAAAACGCAGUCAUCGGCAAUUUUUCUCUUGUGGUUGAUAAUAAUCUGUUGGCUGUUAUCAUGAAAGAGCUGCUGAGUUUCAUGUGCUUGUUUACGCUAUUCUCGCUUGGCAUUAAUAUCGCUUCUGUAAUAGUUCUGUGCAUUCGUACAAGAAAUAUCAGGGAUAUCGAAGCGGAAAAGAAUAUGCUUAUUCUAGCGCUUCUAGAUUUUGCUGUGGAAGCAAUCGUUUUUGGUUUGCUUGUUGUCAUAUACUACAAUCCCGGAGCUUUCGUGCUAAUAUCUAAAUUGGUUCCACAUUCUAUGGAUAUCCUUAUCUUUUCAAAUGCUUAUUUGAUUAUGAUAUUGAACAAACGGAUUCGUCAGCGAGUACUUGCUCUUAUGAGAUGUUCAGGAAAGUCAGAUAGAAGAAUUGCUACUAGGCCGAGCAUCCGAAGUCACAAACACGGUCGUGUCCUUGUCGGUCGUUUCUGA